AAGUUUAUUUAGGUUAAGAAUAUUAAUAAUUUUUUAAUGUUAAAUGAACAUUUUUUUAUACGAUUUAUUAUAUUAGAAUGAUGAUUGAAACUGCUUGUGAUCCCACAAUAGAAAAACAUUUUAAAGGACAUGAAAAUAUUAUUACAAGCUUAUGUUUUCAUCCUGAAACUACUCAAUUAGCAUCAAGUAGUUCAGACAAAAGUAUAAUAUUAUGGAAUCUGAAAGAAUCUGUAAGAGCUUAUAGAUUUUUUGGACAUAAAGAUGUAAUUUUUGAUGUAACUUAUGCACCAUCAGGGGAAGUGAUAGCUACUGCUUCUAGAGAUAGAUCUGUCAUAAUUUGGGUUCCUAAGGUUACAGGACAAUCUUUAGAUUUUAAAGCACAUUCAGGUGCUGUUAGAUCCGUACAAUUUAGUCCAGAUGGAGAAAAGUUAGUUACUGCAUCAGAUGAUAAAAGUGUUAAAUUAUGGAUGGUAUGUCAAAGAAGAUUUCUUAUGUCAUUUGUAUGUCACACAAAUUGGGUUAGAUGUGCUAGAUUUUCUUUAGAUGGUAGACUUAUAGUUUCUUGUAGUGAUGAUAAAACAAUAAAAUUAUGGGAUGUUAUCAGUGGACAAUGUAUUAAAUCUUUUAAUGAUGUAAAAGCUUACUCUACACAUGUGGAAUUUCACCCAAGUGGUUAUGUUAUUGGAUCUGCAAACACAAUUGGUUGUGUAAAAUUAUAUGAUAUACGUACUGGUUCUUUGUAUCAACAUUAUGCAACUCAUAAGGGUUCAGUAAAUAUGAUAAAAUUUCAUCCAAGGAAUUUCAUAUUAACUGCAUCUGAUGAUUCAACAAUGAAAGUUCUAGAUUUGUUAGAAGGUCGUCCAAUUUAUACACUUAAAGGACAUGCAAAUGGUACCAGUGUAACAUCAGUAACAUUUUCUUCUAAUGGAGAAUUUUUUGCUUCUGGUGGAACAGAUCAUCAAUUAUUAAUGUGGAAAACAAAUUUUGAUAAGGAUGACAUUGCUCGAAAAAUUUCUAGACAUUUAGUUUCACCUGUUAAAGAAGUAGAAUUGAAAAUUAAGGAUGAAAAAUUACAUAAAGAUGAUGAUAUAUCUGUAGGAGAAGAAGAAAUAGAAUCAUUAGAUGAAAAAUAUGAUAUUACAAAUUUAAAAAAUGGAAGAAUUCAUUGCGAAAUACCAGAUACUGGAAUUUUAAAUGAAAAUUUAGAAUAUAGAGUAAUAAAUAUGAGAAAUCAAAGACCUUUUGAAAAAGGUCGUAUUGUAAAUAUAUCACAUUUACCUAAAGAAUCUCCUGAUUUAAAUAAAGUAACAUGUUCAAAUAGAAUAGUAGAUGCACUUAAUGAACAAGUACAAUCGUUAAGUGAUGCUGUUACCAUUUUAGAACAACGUUUAUCAGUAUUGGAAGAAGAGUUAAGAAAAUAAAUUUUUAUAUUUUAUUUAAAAAAUUAUUUGAUUAUAUAAGUGAAUAAUAAAUAUUUCUAAAAUAUAUAUUUAAAUUGUAUU